GGUCAGAAGCGAGUGAUAGUUCGGGUAGUGCGGUUGUGCAAAGGAAGCGUCUCGUUUUCUCCCUAUGGAAAUUUGGUGCGUCCCUUGGAGAGAAUGAACUGAUAAGGCUUAGGGAUUCCAGAAGGGCAGCCUUAUAAAGGUAGGAUUUUCUAUUUUCUGCAUGGGCGUGGUGCAUUUUCUUUAUGUAUUUUCAGCUGGGAGGAGUGAAUAAGUGCAAUGUGAAUAAAUCGAAGAUUUGUGAUCCUAUUUUUUAGCUGAUCUUCAGAUUGUGGUAGUAAGUGAGUUGUUACUAUCUUCCCAGCAUAUCAUCUUGGUUACGCAUAAUCGACUGCAAUGGUCUGUUUCGCAGUAUCAGUCAGUCUACUUCAUAUGGAUCGGUGUGACUAUGAAUUCAUAUGUCAUUCUAUUUUAUGAAUGUAACGUAUUUUUCCUGCGAGCCAGACUGUUAAGAAGUUGCAGCCAAUUCCUUCGUAUCCAACCUGAAUGGCUUCGACGAUUGUUGUAACUCACUUAUUAUUUCAGAAGGUCAGCUUAGCAGGUAAGUGCGAUUGAAGCAGAAUGUGUGUGUUUCUUUAUUAAUUUGUUAGUCCAACUUUUCUUUGGUGAUAUGCCAUAAACACUGAAAUGAUUAAUAAAGGAAGAACACCGGCAAAUGUUUCAUGCCUACUCGCCCAUCUGACUGAUAUUUUCCAUUGUUCGCAGCGCCAAAGCAGAAACUUCUCCAGGACUUCUAAUGAUGAAGAGCCAGCCUCUGAGAUGAAUCCUCGAUUUCUUUGAACGCGACGGAACAGAUCAGUUACCGCCAGCUCCCCAUUCCUAUUUGCGGUUGUAUGGUCGUUUCCAGGAGACGCGGAUUUAAUAAGGCUAAGGAUUCCAGAAGGGCAGCCUUAUAAAGGUAGGAUUUUUCUUUUUCUAAGCAUGGUGUAUUGUUUUUUUAUGUAUCUAGCAGUGGGGGAAAGUGAACAGUGUACAGUGACUACAAAUAAAAAUGAACCACCAAUUUUCGCUGAUCUUCGAACUAAGUGAGUUGUGGCGAUCUUCUCAGACUACCAUCUUGAUCACGUAAAAUUGACCGCAAUGUUUUUUCAAAUUUGCUUCUCUCGCUACGGCAAUCAGUUUACUUCAUAUGAUUUGGAAUGACUAUGAAUUCAUAGCCAUGCCAGUUUUGUGAACUAAACCGAUUUGCUGUACGAAACAGACCACGAAAGGGCGUUGGAGCCAAUUCAUACGUUCUCAAGAUGAACGUUCUCCAGGUUCCUCAUACCUCACUCAGUAUUACGCGAAGAUCAGUUUUUAAAGGAAGGUGAGUGUGAGUGCAUCGAUUAUUUUAUUGAAACUCGCCUCUUACGAGAGAUCAGUGAGCUUCAAUGAAUUAAGCGAACACGUUUUCAAGUACUCUUCGGUAAACUAACUACAUAAUUUCGUGAUUGUUCGCAGAAUCCGGGACAAGCUUACUCGAAGACGCAGCUGAUGAAGGCUCGCCAGUACCAGCCCCUGUGAUGGACCACACCGAACUCGACCCUAGCGAGAAACUUUCAGGAUCCCAUCGAACAAAUACUACCCGCUUCGUAGUGGCCGAGAAGGUGACAUCAACCGUUGAGCGGUGGUUGCUGUGGUUAAUGGUUCGUCCCAGGCGAGUUGUAAUUAAUAAGGCUAAAGGAUUCCCGGAGGGCAGCCAUAUGAAGGUUAUGUUUACCUUCAAACGACUAACACCCGCAACUGCUUCCUAGUCGUGCCUCUCAUGGAAGAAUCAGUGGUGGAUCUGAGAGAGCUGCCCGAAAAGGUCUUCAUAAACCUACGCCACUCUCGGCAACGUUACGAUUGGGACUGCGGAAUAGCAUGCGUUCUCAUGGUCCUCACCGAAGCGGACAGGGAAUCGUUUACGCGCGACUUCGUCAGCGUUUGCAAGGACGAGGGCUUUCACCGAAGCACGUGGACCAUCGACCUGUGCUACCUUCUACGUAGAUACAACGUCGAUCACAACUUUUACACGGUGACCAUCGGAAUACACCCCGGCUACCACAGUAACGCUUUUUACCGCACGGUCCUCGCGAAGGACGAACAACGAAUAAAUAGUAGAUUUGGCGAGGCGAAAAUGUACGGAAUUAACGUUCACGAGGGAUCCGUCGAGAUCGUAACCAUCCUGAGGCAUCUCCGGCUGAACGGUCCGGCGAUCGUUUUGACUAACGCGCGAUUGCUCACGUGCGAUCUGUGCAAGUUGAACAAGGUCUCGUUGGAGCUGCGACAGUGCCUGCCGUGGCCCGCCGGCUAUCAGGGGCAUUACAUCGUCUUGUGCGGCUAUAACAAGUCGAGGCGAAAGGUGUACUAUCGCAAUCCCUCAUUUCACAAUCGGGUGUGCGUGAUGUCGAUUGAUGCGCUCGAGGAUGCUCGAAAAUCGUAUGGAACUGACGAAGAUCUAAUUUUAAUUGAUUUAUGAUUAAGGAAUUUAGUAUCUGAAUAAUGGCGGGGGGGGUUAAGUAGCCCCCUCCACCAACGACUCGCCUCUGAGUGUCUUCUUUAGUCCUGACAAUUUUUAAACCCCACAGCCAACUCACCAUGUCAAAGCGAGAGGAGAAAUAAAGAUGUAUAGGACGAUGGCAGGGGGGGGGGGCAACUAAACCUCACUAUAGUGCCAUAAUAUAUCUAGAAAUAAUUCAAAAUGUUUGUCUUCUCUUUUUAUUACACGAAAUUUGCAUUA